AUGGACUUUGGCAGCAGAAACUACUGGCCGGAUGGAACACCGGUGGAGAAACCUACAGAAACAGCGAGCGACAGACAUUUUAUAAAAGAUUUAGUUCCAGGCUCCGCAAAUAAGAUUAUUAUUGGUGUUGUAAUAUCAAAGCUUUCGAUUCACUCAUUUCCAGAUAAAAAAAACCCAGGUUCAACUCGUUACACGCUUGGCUUUACUUUACGAGACACUCCAUUUGAUUAUGUCAACAUCACUUGUUGGGGUAACGCAAUCUUCAUCAACAAUCUAAAUGAAUCUUUCAAGUUAAGUGAUGUUGUUGAAGUCCGCAAUCCACAAGUAUCGACAAAGCAAGGAAAUGAUUACGAGCAACAAUGGAAGCCAUGGACACCGUGUAACAUUCAAUUAAACAUCAGCGAAGCAUAUUCGUCGGUAUCGUUAUACAGCGGUUGGGACAUGACUGACUUAAACACACUUCUUCAUAUACCAGUAAAAGAGUGUGGAGACUAUUGCACCCUUGAUGAUAUAUUGUCAUCUGGUGAGAAUAGUCAUGGUGAUCACAUGAAUAUUUUGGUUGCCAUAAGAAAGGUUUCUCAGCCAAGAGAAAUCACAACAAGAAGAGGAAAACAUGUUCAAAAAUGUGACGUUGUGGUCUUUGAUGAAACAUGCAACUCUUUCUUAAUGACAAUAUGGGACGAAAACACCAUUGAUAUGGCCAUGAGCUGGAUACCUUGUGAAACAGUUUUGUUUUUUUCGGAUCUAAAAAUCAUUUAUGACCAGUACAAGAAGACAAUGGCGUCAGUGUGCAACAAUAGAACAAUAAUCACAAUGAACCCAGAUACCAAGCAAGCUCAUCAGCUGUAUAGUUAUGCGCAAUCGUCAGAUGUACAAGGUGCAAUAUUAUCUGAUACUGGAGACUUCUCUCUCUUUGACUUGGAAGGUAUAACAGAUGUUUACACUAUAGAAAACGUCAAAGAGAACCUGUUCUGCGGACACAUGAGUGAAACACCAAACUUGUAUGAUAACAGCCAAGGCAUUCUGUUUGCUUAUAUCACUAAAUUCAACAUUGAUGAAGAAAUGGAUAACUUCUUGAUCACCAGAUGUGGUCGAUGCAAACGGAGAAUUGAUAACGCAACGAAUGCAUGUGAAAACGAAAUGUGUUCAAAACAGGGAAAUAGUGCUGCACAACUUUCGUAUAAUUUGCUCGUUGAUGUGUCAGAUCACAAUGGUACCAUUAACAACUGCCGCAUUAUGACAUCCGCCUUAGAAAGUAUGCUAGGAUAUCCACCAGAUCAGUUCGAACAACUGCCUUCUGCUGUGGUAACAGAUAUUAAGAUGAAGUACUUGUUAGAAAAGUGCAAGAUUUACUUUAGGAUCUCGAAAAAUGCUCACUCUAACUUUGUUCUCAUCCUUUCCUGUGAUACGGCUGAACCAGAAGAAGCAUACGGGAACAUUAAAUAAAUAAGAGUUAUGUUCAACAAUCUCGGUCGUUUAAUACUUAACUUAUAGGGUUGCUUUGAGUCCUUUAAAUCACAUUUGUUCGUGUGAUUGAAAUUGUUCUUUUUAU